AUGGCAGCUUGACAAUCUAAUAGACAACUUUAAAGAGCAAGAAGUGGAUGAGGAGAGUUUUCUUUUGUUGGAUGACAACGCAGUUGCCAGCCUUAUUCCUAAAAUUGGACAGCGUGUUAAAUUUCAGAAACAUCACAAGGAACUUGUGAGUAAAGUACACUUAUAGGUUGUAUAUGAACUGAGUAUUUCUGUUUGCCUCCAGACACCACUUUGUUUCAGACUUAGCCUUUCUCAUUUUUAAUGCUUCUGCUCGUGUUGUUUGUGGUGGGGUGAGUGUCCUACCAUACUUCAUUUAACAAUGGCAUACACAUGCUUCCGCUGCAAACAAGUAAUACCUGGUCAUGCAAAGGGACUGUUUAUUCACUUGAGAGCAGUACAUGGGAUAAAUUGUGCUUCAACGUUCUUUCAGUGCUGUGAAAGUGGUUGCAGGCGGACUUUUAGAUAUAUUCGAUCUUUCCGAAGGCAUCUUCUUCACCAUUCACUCCCGGAAAAGCAUUACUGCACUCAACAGAAUUUCAGCGGGACCACAAGUGCACCUGUGCAGGACCUUAUAGUUCCCAUAUGUGAAGAAAUGGAGAAUGCAGAAAUUUCAGAUCACAUAGAGGCACCAACACAAGAAAACCAAGAUGAUGAUGAUUACUGGGAUGAGUUGGAACCAGAAACCAUAACAGAGCGAAUAUCUCUGUUUUUAGCUACCCUUAAGUCCAAGUCAGCUCAGACCUACAAUACAGUAAGUUUUGUUGUUCAGCAGACAUCAAGCUUGAUUUCAGACAUUGUCGGUUCACUUCAGAGGAAGACUUUGUCUCUGUUUGAAAAAAUUGGUCAUAAGGAUGAUUUAGAGGUACAAGAACUUGCCAGUGACUUUGAAGCAGCAGCAAGUCCCUUUAAAGGAUUAGAGUCUGACUUUAAACAGAUGCAGUAUUUUACUAAGUCAGGUAACUUCAUUCACCCUGUAGAGGAGCCUUUUCCUGGAGUCUCCUACGUGCAGAGAAGGGACUCUGCUACUGGAACAGUUCGACAGGUUGCAGUUCAAGAUGUGUUUUAUCGUGUGCCACUGAAACCUCUGUUGACUAAACUCCUUGAGAUCCCUGGCAUUUUGGAUGCAAUCUUUACUUGGCAGCACAGAGAAAAUGGGGUCCUUUCAGAUUUUUAUGAUGGUGAGUACUGCAAGCAGCAUCCUCUCUUUUCCAGAAAAGUGUCUGUUCCACUUAUUUUGUACAACGAUGACUGUGAAACAGUCAACCCCCUUGGUUCAAAGGUUGUGGUCCACAAGUUGGGGUUUAUUUACUUCACAAUCAAAAGUCUGCCUCCAGAGUUUUUGUCAAAACUUUCGUCACACUUUCUGGUUGCAGUUUACAAAUCAGACGAUGCCAAAACAUAUGGCAUUGAUAGUGUUCUGAUUCCAGUCAUAGAGGAACUGAAGGAUCUUGAGGUCAAUGGUAUUACCUUAAACACACCACACUUCCAGGGUGAAAUUCUAUUUUCAGUUGCUCAGUUGUGUGGGGACAAUCUUGGCCUCAAUGCCAUUCUUGGAUUCACUGAAAGCUUCUCUGGUAAUUACUUUUGUCGCAUAUGCAAGGCACACAAAAGCAAUACAAGGGCACAGACAAAAGAGGAUGUUACACUGAUGAGAAAUGAAGCAAACCAUGCUGAAGAUGUUCAUCAUGCCAACUUGUCAGAGACAGGUGUUAAAAGAGACAGUAUUUUGAAUAAUCUGUCCUACUUCAAUGUGACUCACAACAAAGUUGCAGACAUCAUGCAUGACGUGCUGGAAGGUGUGGGACCAUAUGAAUUGAAGUUAAUACUUGGUUCACUGAUUGAGGACAAACACCUUACCCUUGAAAAACUCAACUUCCGAAUCACUAGUUUUGAUUAUGGCUUUCCUGAUCUGAAGAACAAGCCAUCUGUAAUUGGGAAGCAUGACCUUAAAAAUCUUGAAGGGGCAAUGCAUCAGUCUGCAGCCCAAACAUGGUGUCUCCUCAGGUUCUUGCCAUGUAUGAUUGGGGAUCUCAUACCUGAAGAAAACAAGCACUGGGAGCUCUUGCUUCUCCUUCUGGAAUGCAUGGAAUUCAUUUUUUCUCCAUCUCUUACACCAGAAGCUACAGUUUACUUGGCUGCCAUCAUUGACGAACAUCACGCUUUGUUUCUUGAGCUGUACCCCAGCUUGCAUCUUCGUCCGAAGCACCAUUUUAUGGUGCACUAUCCAAAUGCAAUUUUGGCGUUGGGACCCCUGAUACAGUUCUGGUCGAUGCGAUUUGAGGCUAAACAUGGUUUCUUUAAGCGCAUCAGUCAUGUCACCUGUAACUUCAAAAACAUCUGCAAGACCAUGGCGUUUCGACAUCAAAUGAUGCUAUGCUACUCCCUUCUGUCUGGUUCUGUGUUCAAAAGUGAAACAGAAAUUGGCCUUGGUCACAGCACUUUGCUUGCUGUAAUGGAUGGUUUUGGUGAUGUACAGAGUGGUCUUGAGGAUGUCCCACCUUUUACAGAAGUUUUUAUUCCAGCUUGGAUAAAGGCAAAUGGUACACAGUACAAGCCUGGCAUGACAGUUUUUCUUUCCUACACUGCUGAUGGUGAGCCCCAGUUUGGUCUUGUGAAAAAUAUUCUUGUCCUGGAUCACUCAAUUAAGCUUGUUGUCCAAAAGUGGGAUACAAUAGGUUUUGAGAGGCAUUUCUUUGCCUAUGGUGUAAUAGCAACCACUAAUGUGCUUGCUGUUGAUCUUAGUUCUCUUCUGGACCAUCACCCUCUGCAUGCAGUGAAGCCCUACAAAGAGGAUGACAAUUGCUUGUAUGUUUCCCUUAGAUACAAAAUAGUUUAGAUUUGUGUUUGAUUAAGAGAUAUUUCCUUGUUCAUCAACUAGGUCUGUCUUUCAUUCUAAUAUAUAAAAGUUCUGAUGAUGACAACAGUUUAGGAAUUUUGUAAGUAUUUUGAUUGUUGCUAAGUAUUCUGAUUGUAGGUAAGUAUUCUGUUUGGUGUUAAUUUAAAACAGUAGUUCUUUUACAUUAUUUGUUAUGCCCUCCUUCAGAAGCCAUUGCUGGGCCUUUCUUUUUUUAACUGUUAUGUUUCCCAGACAGAAUGAUUGUACAGAAUUGUUGUUAAUUUUGUUGAACUUUUUACGUUUCUUUGUAUGUGUUUUAUGUAGGGCUGCACGAUAAAUCGCAUGGGAUUGUC